AUGAAGUUCCAUACUAUGAAGCUAUUUGCCUUGUUGUGGCUCCACCCCUGCCUGGCGUAUAAGAUUCGCCAGCAGCAGCCUGAGAUCCCAGCGUCACAGGUCCCCGCUGUGCGCGAGUUGACCGUGGCUUUGCCCCUUGUGCUCAUCAACUUGACGUAUACCACAGGACUCAUCCGUGAUGGAAACUUGGCGGAAAACUCUUCGUUCCAUGCCAGCGACUUCCAGCAUGACGCACCCUUCGUUAUGGACAAAGCUGCAGGCUUCUAUGCGGUCUUGAAUGAUGUUCUGAUUGGAGCCACUGGAGGAAGCCCCAGCCCCUGCACUCGUGAGGAUCUCCAGCAUUACAUGGCGUGCAUUGUGGCAGCAUCCUGCGUCAUUCAAGCCGCUGUGCCUGCUCAUGUUAGCAUGGAGAUCUAUGCGAUGAUCACUGAGCAGGUGGUCCGCUUCGAGGAGAUCACCUGGCCACUGCUCCGGGAUGCGUUACUCCAUGAAGAGGGUAGCAACGGUCUCGGAGGCGACCUCCUUCUGCCAGAGGCCUUUGUCUGUGAUGGCUCAGAGCAUGACCCCAGCUUCAUGCAGCUCACGUCCAACACCUCGAAUGAGAGGUCGCUGCAGCGGCUCACGUCCAUGGUCGGCACCGAGCACACGGCCACAAUGGCCAUGGCAUUGGCCUUGCAUGAGGCGGCCUCUGCCAGUCAUCAUAUCAUGAAUAGCCACGCCACCAAUGCUUCCAUUGACGCCACCAUUGAUAAGCUCCAAGACGCCUGGCAUCCAGUGUGCCAGACACUGGGCUGUGAUCACACCAACUACUGGGACAUCUACCUGCAGCACCACAAGCACAGCAUCGCGCUCCUGGAAACCAACCAUGCUGGUCUUCUGCGAUCGGACAUCAAGCUGCGUUUCCAUUUGGAGCAGCGGGUUCAAUGGUUCAUGGCGCAAACCCAGGAUUACAGCUUCAUUGAGAAGUAUGCCCGGCACGGCAAGGAACAUCCCUCGUCCCAUCAGGUCUUCCAUGCCUACCACAACCGAGCCCGGGCUGCCAUGAUGGAGUUUGCAAGGCCUGUUGUGCAGUCCCUGCCCUAUGAGCGGGCCAAGCGUUUGGUGGACUUGCAGAAGUUGGCAGACAUUCAAAGGGCCCGCGACGCGCGCACCUUGGAUGCCGCAGCGGCAGAAGUGCCCGAGGAGGAUCGCCAGGAGUUGUCUUUGCUCGAGGAGGUUGAAGAAGAAGGCGAAGGUGCUGAGUUCUGGGACCGUCGCCGCCGACGCCGUAGGCGCCGCCGCAUCUUCGAAGCAGUUGUGAAUACGGUGGUACAAGUGGCAAACGAUGUGGUAGAAGCAGUGACAGCUGCUCUUUCUUGUGCGGGCCAGGGCGGCAACUUUGCAGCCACAGGCUACACACGGUCCAUCAACGGCAACGUCGCCUGGUCGAUCGGUCUGGCGGGCGGCAGCUCAAACAUCAUGAAGGACAUGCUGAAUGGAAGGAAGCCCUCAGGCUGGAUCUCCUUGGGCGCUGGCUUCUCGGUUGGAAGCACCACGGACAUUUGGUGGGCGGGCGCCGGCUUUGGUGGAUCGCUUUCCUGCAGUCCGGGAUUUAUGGGCAGACCUCGUCAAUGUAAGCUGGAUGUCACUGUAGCCACUUUGGGCUGCGGCAAUGUUCCAGCGACUCACGCGGCGUGCCCCUUUGGCAGGAACUUUGGCGGCAUGACCUGCUCGAGCAGUGGUGGCUACUUCGUGUCCAUCAUGUGCUGCGGCUUCGAUUUGUCUACAGGAGCAGCGCUUGGGCGCUUGAGCAAAAUUACGGCAGUGGUUGGUAGUGGUUUGUUGCAAGAGGACAUCGAAAACCUCAAGGAUGAGGCUGUCAGUGUACCAAGCCAAGCGCGCAAGCCGAAGUUGACGCACCAGCACUUCUUCGAAGAUAAUGGCCUGAAGAAGGUCAUUGGAAACUGUGCAAAGUUGAAGUUCAAGGGCGAAAGCCACGAGUUCGAUGACUUGAAGGUGUUGAUGGCAACAUACAAGAAGUGGCUCAAGGAAGUGUAUCCCUUUGAGGACAACUUCGAAGACAUGAUCUGGAAGUCCCGUGCCGUUUUAGAGAAAAAGGAGAAGGACGACAAGGGCGUGGUGAGCGAUCCUCGCGAAGAACUUGUGAAGCUCAGGCUUUGGUGGUACAAGCAGUCUACAGCUCAGGAUCCGAAGCAGACGGAAGAGGGGAAGCGCGACUUUGACACCGACACGGCCAAGCGUGUUGCUGAGAGCCGUGCCCGAGCAUUGGAGCGCAAGAGGCAGCGCGACCAGCGCGAGGCGGAGGAACGGGAAGCAGCGGCUGCGGCCGCGCAGGCUAUGCAGGCGACCGUUCCUGACUUCGAGGUCAAGCUGAAGUUACGGAAGUGCAGCUUCGGAGCCCACCCAUGCUUCAUUGAACAGGCCAGCAGCGUACCAGAGCGAAGCCUUGCGAGCUUUGAUAGGUACCGGUGCAAGCUGCCGAGCCUUGCCAGUGCCCAGAUGACCGAACGGGAGGUCGCCGUGUGGCUGUCGCUGGCACGCCGGCUUCCGAGCAGGUCCCGGCUGGGCGUUGUGCGUGGCUGGGCAGUGUACGAGCGUCAGGACUGGCCGGGACAUUUUGUUGCAGAGCGCUACUGGUGGAACAGCCAUCCCGACGGGCAGUGGGUGGAUCUCACCCCGAGACCAGAGGGUCUGCCGCAGCUGCUGCUGGUCGAAGCUGAGGGCAGUGAGAAGCCGCGAGGUGCCCUCACGACUCAGCAGGCUGCCUUUGCCGCACGGCUCCUGAGAUGGCGCUUCCCAGAGCUAGUCCCAACGAACCCAGUGCCGGCGCAACCGUCGGCAUCACGGCCAGUAGAGCAGCCAGCAGCACAGCAGCCAACGGCACCGCCGAAAUCGCAACAGUCAGCAACACCGCAGCGAGCAAAGGUUUUGGAUUAUUCUAAGUGGAGCAACAUUGUUGACUCAGACGAGGAGGAUGCUCCAAGAGCAAAGGAAGAUGAAGCAGAUGUGGGAGUCAAGGACCUGGCCGAGGGAAGAAAAACGAAGAAGCCUCUCCUGCCUGUGCCAGACUUUUUGCAAGGCAGCACGGAAGGAGGAGGUGGCACCAACUGUUUGCUGUCCUUGCUGAAGAUGUUGGAUACCGAAGACAAGAAGGAGGAACAUGCGCACAGCCUGGCCCAGGUCUUUGGGCGAAGCUUCCAUUCUGGGAUGUUGGACCAGCACAGGCAGGGCUUCUACAAGCGCUCAUUGGCCAGACUAGACAAGGCCUAA